AUGAAUAUUUUACAAUAAAAAUAAAAUUAAGAGGUUUAAGAGACAAUAUGUAAGAUUCAUAAUUUAGAAUUGAUUGCAGUUGAUUUGGAUAUUAGCGAUAAAUAAUAAAUAAAAUUUUUUUGUGGUAAAUGUUUAGUUGAUAAAUUAAAUAAUAAUAAAGUGACAACUAUUGAGUAAUCAAAAGAAAGAAUCUAAUAAAUUAAGAUUUAAUAAUAAGAAAUAAAGACUAAAGAGAAUUAAACAAGACUGAAUUAUUAUAAAAAUAUUUUAGAUUAAAUUAUGGAUUUUAAAAGAUCAAUAGAUGAUUCUUUAGAAAAGAUGUAUAAAUAAAUUUAAUAAUAUAUGUUUCCAAUUUAAAAGGAGAAAUAAGAAUUAUAAGAAAACUAAUAUCAAUUGAAUUAUUUUGAAGAUCUUAAAUAAUUAUCAGAAUUAUAUUCAUAAGAUUAAUAGAAAUCAAUUAAAUUAAUUGAAGAUAAUACUUUUAUAGAUUAAUUAACAAGAUAAUUUGAAUUAUUAUUUAAUAAUGCUGAAUAUUUUUAGACUUUAGAUAUAUUUAAAAAUACAAAAUAAAUAAUAUAAGAUAUAAUAGAAAAUAAUAUAAUUGAAUUACAACCAUUAUAAUAAACAAAAAAUGAAUUUGUAAAUAAUUAUUAUUUAAAUUAGAAAAAACCAAGUUUAAAAAGAAUUUGUAUAAAUCAUAAAAAAGAAAUUAUUAUGAUUGAUAUAGAUACUUAAAAUAAGGAAAUAGAAGAUAGAUUUGUUUGUGUUGAUUGUAUAUCUUAAAAUCCAUAAAUUAAAUAUGAAACAAUUGAAAAUAUUAAUAAAUUAUGGAUAAAUUAUAAUUCAGAAUCAUAAAAUAUAUUAUUAUAAUAUAAAAAAGAAACUAAAAAUAAAAGAUAUGAUUUAUUUAAUUAAAUUACUUAAAUGAGAAAAAAUUAUAAUUAAAAAUUAAAUGAGAUUAGUGAUAAAUUAAUCUUAGAAUAAUAAUAAUAAUAAUAUAUAACUAAUUAAACUAAAGAAUCAAAUUAAAUAAAAAAGAUAUCAAUAUAAUCUUUAGAUAAUGUAUAAUUAUUAAAAGAUUUAAAAUAAAUAAUUUAAAAAGAAAAAGUGACUUAAAAUUAAACAAUAAUAAGUUUAAAAAAUAAAGAUUCAAUAUUUUAGAAAGAGAUAGAAAAUCAUUUAGAAUCAUUAAAAUAAUAUGAUUAAUUAAAUAUUUAAUAAUCAAUAGAUAUAUUUAAAGAAAUACCAAGUAUUUAUUUAUUUAUUUAUAUAUAUAUAUUUUAUUAGUUGAAAGAAAUUAUAUUUUAUAAUUAUCUGAACUUAUAUAAUCAUUUUCUAAUUAAACAUAAACAAAUGAUGAAAAUUAUUCAAAUUAGAUUCAAUUUAUAAAAGAUAUUUAAGAAUUGAUAGAUUAGGCUAAAAAAUAUUAAUGUUAAAUUAAUUUAUUUGAUUAAACUAUUACUUUAUUUUAAUAGCAUAUUAAUAAGAUUGAAUAAAUUUAAUAAUAAAUAUUAAAUUAAACUAAAAAUUAAGAUAAUAAAUCAUAAUUAAUAUAAAUGUAAUAUUAAAAUUUAUUAAAAGUAUUAAUUGAUUAUAUUUAUAUUUUUGAUAAUAAAAAUAAAUAAAUAAAGAAAUAUUCUAAUAUUUCAAAAUUGGAAUUGGAUUUAAUAAAAUUAACAGAAAUUAAUUAAAAUUUAGAAAUUGAAAGUAAUAUUAUAAUUAAAAUAAUAGAAACCAAUUAAUUUAAUUAAAUGUCUUAAUAAUUAGAUCAAAAGCAUUAAGAAUAUUAAAAAUUAUUAAAGGAAUAAUAAGAUUAAAGUAUUUUUUAUUUAUAUUUAUAGAUUAAAAGUAAAUUGAAUAAAUUAAUAAUAAGUUAUAAUCAAAAGAAAAAGAAUAUUUAAAUUUUAAAGAAAAAUUUGAUUAAAAUACUUAAGAAAUAAUAAAUCUAAAAAAGUUAAAUGAAGAAGAUAAAUUAAAAACUAUUAAGACUUUAGAAGAUUAAAGUAUUAAUUAUAAUAUGUAUAUAGAAAAUAAAGAAAUUACAGAUAUGAAUAAAAAAAUCACUUAAAAAGAAUCAGAAUUGCAAACAAUUUAAAGAUAAAUUGAUAUGAUUAAUUAAGAAAAAUUAUAAAAAGAAAAAUAAUUAAAAUUAGAAUUAGAAAAAGUAAAUUAUAAUUUAAAUUAUUUAUCAUAGAUUUAACAAUAUCCUGAAACUUUAUAAUUUUCUAAUACUUAUAAGCAUGCAACUUUUUAAAUAAGUGAAGGUGGUAAAGUUGCUGAGUGUAGUAGUGGUAAUUGGUAAUAUUGUCUUUGUGAAUAAGCAAUUCCAAAGACUGGGAAAAUAGUAUUUGCAUUCUAAAUGAUAAGUGGAUAAUACUUUAUGGUUGGAAUUGGAUUCAGAGAUAUUAUAUAAAAAAAUAAUUAUACAAAUGCAGGAGUUGGGUAUGGGUAUAUAAUUAAAUCAUAAUAGAUCAUAUUUGAUACGUAAUAAUGGUUAUACUUUAUCUCAUCAUAAUAAAGAUGUAAAUGGUAAAUAAUUAUCAUUCACUUAUACAACUAAUGAUGUAAUAAUAAUGGAAGUAAGUAUUGAACAUAAGUAUAUUAAAUGGACCAGAUAGAAUAAUCCAUUAGCAACAGUUGUAAUUAUCAAAACUAUUAUUAGUAGUUAGAAAUAGAUACAUCCAUAUCAUAAGAAUUAUAUCCAUGUGUGUAUAUUCUUUAAUCUAAAGUUAAAAUAUUGGAUAAUAUUCCAAUUUGA